CCAAACCUCCGUGCCCCGCCAAAGAAUUGCAACAAUUAACUUGGCCAUAAUUUUCUCCAAUUUCAACUUUGUCAACAUCAAAUUCCUUACGACCCCAUCACCACCCAAAUUUUAAGCGCCACCAUAAUUCGAUAAACACCGAAUUUGAAUACUAAAUACCGCAAACAUGGCAGAAUACGAUCUCCUGCCGAAACUAAUCGGCCACCUAGAUCGCCAUCUCGUGUUUCCCCUCCUCGAGUUCGCAGCCGGCCAACUGCCCGAAGACGCCGAUGACGCCUCCGUCCUAGCCAUCACCAAGGCUAAAUAUGAGCUUCUUAAGACCACCAAUAUGACUGACUUCGUCGGCAACCUUAAGGCCGAGCUCGAGGGUCUCGAUGAGGCCCCAGCUGAGUUCAACGAUAUGAGACAGAAGGUCAUUUCGCGAUUAGAGCAAUUUGAGGAGAGUACCAGCAAGCUAGUCGAUCUGUUAGGACGCGAAGAUGUCGUCGGAAACCUACGAAGCGACAAGGUUGCCAAUCUUGAGUUCCUCAAGAAGGAACAUGGUGUGACAAUUGAUAUGGUCAACGCGCUCUAUGACUUCGGAAACUUCCAAUACAGCUGCGGAAACUACGCUGCCGCCGCCGAUCUUCUUUACCAGUUCCGUGUGCUUUCGACCGAUAACGACAAGGUCGCCGCGGCGACGUGGGGGAAAUUCGCCUCCGAGAUCUUAACUACGAACUGGGAGGGUAGCGUGGAGGAGCUUCAAAAGGUCAAGGAGAAUAUUGACACCAAGCUAUUCAACAACCCUCUUGCACAGUUGAGCCAACGUACCUGGCUCAUUCACUGGGCCCUGUUCCCUCUCUUCAACGAUGACCGUACCCGCGACGGGCUUUUGGAUCUAUUCUUCAGCCCGGCCUACAUUAACACCAUUCAGACCAGCUGUCCAUGGAUACUUCGAUACCUCACCGCCGCCGUCAUCACUGGUCGCAGCCGAACUAGAAACUCUGGACAACACCAGAAGCAGCUGAAGGACAUUAUACGCAUAGUUAAGCAAGAGGCCUACGAGUACACGGACCCCGUCACCGACUUUGUCCGUGCGUUAUAUAUCGACUUCGACUUCGAGGAGGCGCAACGACAACUUUCUCUUGCUGAGGAGAUCCUACGCUCCGACUUCUUUCUGUUCUCCGCCGCCGACCUCUUUGUCGAUGCUGCGCGCCACCUGAUCUCGGAAAGCUACUGCAAGAUCCACGCACGUAUCGAUAUCAAGGACCUGAGUGCGCGUCUAGGCCUAGGCGAAGAUGAGGGCGAGAAGUGGAUUGUUAACCUGAUCCGCGACACCAGAGUGGACGCCAAGAUCGACUACAAGGAGGGCACAGUCGUUAUGAACCACCCUCCCAGCUCCGUUUACCAGCAAGUCAUCGAACGAACCAAGGGCGGCUUCUUCCGAACGCAAGUGCUCAGCGCUGCGGUCGCUAGAUAGGAUCAGAAUGGUGAAGAUGAUGAGCGAACGUAAGGCAUGAUAUUUUAAUGGAUGAUACCCAUUAGAUAGACAUGAUAAUGCGCGCAUGGGCCAAAAUCGGGAUAGCAAGAGAUCCUCCAAUGGGUUUUGUCGACGGACGACAUGCAUCAACGGCGUUUUGGGGGUUCUGGUACAUGGUACAUACAAGUGCGGUAGACUUGUAAGGUAGCAUCGAUUUGCAAAAAGAAUUAUUCUAGUGGCUUACUCUUCGUUAUGUUCCUUGUGCUAUGUGCUACGAGCUUCUGCAUGAAUCCGAUUCAUCUUCCACCCCUCAGUUGCUAU